CAUGAACAGGACAGGGGAGGAGAGGAGAUAGUGCAGUGGAUAAACAGCAACAGUACAAUCAGACAUCGGGCUUUAUGUGUAACGUUAGCGUUAUAACAAAAUUGUUUUUUGAAGGGGAAGGAUACUGGUCUUCUACGUCUGGUACCCCUAUUUCAGGAUAAUGUUCGCUGACAGAUUCUGCUUCAUUGGUAGUGCUCAGUCUUCGUCAGCCCCUCAGGGUGAGCGUUACUCACUUCAUCACACAGCAGGACUGAAGCAAGGCAAGGUCAGCGUCAGUGUUAGGAACCUUGUUGACUGCUGCAGUGGCAGGGCAGGAAGAUGGCAUCGCCCUUUGUGCCUGUCCCUGUGCCCCUGGACAGAGCCUGGUCAGGGGGUAGCAGCAAGCUCAGACGGCCACAGCGAGCUUCAUCACUAGGCAGCGUCUCCAACAGCUUGUCCUCGCCCUCUAUCACCAGGGAGGACCACGGAAGAGGAUGUGGAGGAUUAGGUUCCCAACGCCAAUCCCGCUGCGCGGACAGAGGUAGCCGGAGCAGGACACCACCACCACCACCACCCCUCCAGAGCACUGUGAUACAGGCCAGGGUGAACGGGACUCUGGAGCCCUCCAUAGAGUACUCCAGCUGCCCCCGCUCCAUAUCAGAUCCUGCUGGGAGCCAGCAAGAUGAGGAGAGGCCUAUUACUCCCACUUUGCUAGGGUAUGAGGUCAUGGAGGAAAGGGCCAAGUUCACGGUAUUUAAGGUCCUGGUCAGGAAGACUCCAGAUGAGAGCUGGGUUGUUUUUAGAAGGUACACAGACUUCUCAAGACUCAACGACAAGCUGAAGGAGAUGUUCCCAGGCUUCCGCCUCUCGCUGCCUCCUAAGCGGUGGUUCAAAGACAACUAUGACAGUGACUUCCUGGAAGACAGACAGUUGGGACUACAGGCCUUUUUGCAAAACCUGGUUGCACACAAGGACAUUGCCAACUGCCUGGCAGUGAGAGAGUUUCUGUGUCUGGAUGACCCACCUGGGCCUUUUGAUAGUCUGGAGGAGAGCAGAGCGUUCUGUGAGACUCUGGAGGAGAGCAACUAUCGUCUCCAGAAGGAGCUGCUUGAAAAGCAGAAGGAGAUCGCCUCCCUGAAGAGGAGACUGGAGGAGAGGGAGCAGGCCAUCCUGCUACUGGAGAAGCAUAUCAAUGGUGAGUGUGUGAGCCCAGAGUCUCCGUGUGGUCUGUCAGCUCAGGGUAGUGAAAGCAGUGCAGACGCAGAUGUGGAGUCGUCUGCUGCAGAGGCUGAUCAGGACAUGCCUGACGACACUGGCGGCAGGUGUGAGGUCCAACCGGUGCGAACCUCUGCCUGUUGGUGUGGACCGUCACUCAGCGCCUCUCCUCCGGUCAUCCAGCUCACUCAGCUUUACCAACAGAAGCUGGAACACUAACAACGAACACUGGUCCUCCUCUUCACCUUUUGCUCCCUCCUCCUCCCCUACUAGACCACUCCACGUUCCUUAUGUUUGAGUGCUAUUCCAUACCCUUUGUUUAUUCUGCCCUCAUUUUGUCCCUUCCUUUACCUCCUCCCAUCACAAUUCCCCAUUUCACCUUCCAGAUUGUAGCCGCUGUUUCACCUUCCAGUCUUGGAGUUGGAUCUGACGCAGCCUAUAUCUCAAGAUCUGUGUAUAGGUUUUAUAGGGAUCAGUUUUAUACUGCAACAGCCUGUUUCACUUAUAUUUCCCCCUAUACAAUGGUUCAUUGGAUAUUUUAUCUGGCACCUACAGAAGACUUCUUUCUGAAGACCUUGUGCAGUCUUCACUGUUCACUGUUGAACCUCCUACCCUGGCCGUCAGAUUGGAUCAAUUUGAUCCUGCGGUCACAAGGCCAAAGUUUGGCUUCUUGACCAAAAAAAUAAGACAACUUGAAGACUCGCACCACUGGGUGGUUUGAUGACUUUCACAACUGUGACAAUCUACAGAAAACCUGAAUUAUCAUCUCAAUAUUCUCUUCAGAUGUGCAUUGCCUUAUGGCUCCUUACUUGUGACAAGAGGCCCUGUUCUCAAACUAGAGAAACAAUGCUCCCAUGUGGCUAUAGAAAUAAGAAAAAAGUCUGGACAAAUGAAAUGUCUCAGGAUAAGCAUUGGUAACCAGGUGGGUAUCACAGAGGAUUGAAAACUUUCUGUUUGCAGGUACUUCCAUGUCAUUGCUUUGUACUGCCAUUGACUGUCAUUGAGGCUACAGACCUUACUUGAGAAAUUGUGUUUUCACUUUCAGUUAAACUUAGCAUCUAAAAGCCUACAUUCCCUUGUGUUUUUAGUGCCAUAUGUCAUUUGUGGUAAACCAAGUUGAACCUCAGCUACAGUCAAAGAAUGCAGAAAGAAGCCCCCCAUAAUAUCACAGUGGUGCUAAUUUACCUGAAAGAAACCCAGUCGUUAUGACCUGAGAGACUCAGUUCUGAAAGCAGGGGGGGAAAAUGAGAAUUUGGAAAUGUCAUGUGAUGCACUUUAUGGAUGAAUGGCAACACAUAAUGUUUGCUAGGAUAUGGUUUUUAUUACUUCAUUUGUUUGAGACAGAAACGUGCCUUUUCAAUCACUGAAUCUGUUUUGAUUCCCACCUGGAUCUGAUGUGUUAAUAUGUGAUUAAUGUAUAUGGAGUUUUGUUAAUGUUCUUCUGUUCCCUACAUGCAUAAUUCUAAGUGCCUUGAACAUCUUUCACGUAACUUUUCUUUUGAUGUGUUUAAAAAGCUUUACAGAUUUGUGUAGGACAUGAAACAAUUCCACUAUGUUCCUCUGAUGGAAAUAAUGUUUUAAAUGACACUCAUGUAUAUGUCGUUGCUUGGAAUAGACUGAAAUGAUGAUGUUUUUGUAAUAUUACAUGAAUUAAUACAAAGUCUUAGUUCACAUAUACAUCUAUAGUUGCACUAUAAAAGAUGUAUAUAAAUAACAUUUAUCACUAUUAAUGUCCUGGAUUUAAAGGGAUAAUUCACUGCGAAAUCUGGUCUGAAAUGCAUAAUGUAGAUACUGUUACACAUACUAUAACAGAGCUGUUUAUCAGAAAGAAAUAUUUAAUUCACACAAUUAAAUGUGGAAUGAUAUAUUGAAUACACAUGUAUGUUUCCUGUUUCCUCACAUUUAUAGUCUCUGCUUUCAUGAAAUCAGAUGGUAUCAGUAGUUUGUGCUUGGCUGAAAUAAAUAUAUCAGAUCUGAUAAGUCUGUUGAGAUGAUGUGGGCUAGUUACAGUAUGGCCCAUUUUAAAAGUGUGAUGCUUUCAAAAUGUAAUAAAUUCUUACCACGGAAAAAUC